AUGUUAUUGAGGGUUUUGGAUUCAUAUUCUGAAAGAGAAUAUAUUGUUCCUGAUUAUGUUACAAUCAUUUCUGAUUAUUGCUUUUAUAGAGUUAAUAUUUCUUCUAUUCAACUUCACAAUGAAAUAAUAUCUAUUGGAAAGUAUGCCUUUCAUUUAUGUAACUUUAUAGAAAAUAUUACGAUUCCGGAAAGUAUAACUGAAAUAAAAAAUUAUACAUUUUUUUCCUGUUUAUCAUUAAAGAUUGUUAAAAUUUCCAAUAGUGUACAAUCCAUUGGAAUUUGUGCAUUUUUAGGAUGCAAAUCAUUAAAAGAAAUUACUCUAUCAGAAAACAUAACAAUGAUAAGAAAAUGGACAUUUUAUUCUUGUACAAAUUUGACCAAUAUCACAAUUCCAAAUAGUGUUAUAGAAAUAGGAGAAGGAGCUUUUGAGGGUUGCGCAUCAUUAAAAUAUAUCAGGAUUUCUGAAAAUGUUUUACGUAUCAAUGAUAGAGCAUUUUAUGGGUGCAUAUCAAUAACUUCCAUUACACUACCAGAAUCAUUAACUACCAUAGGCUUAAAGGCAUUUUAUAAAUGUGAAAAAUUAAAAAAUAUUACAAUUCCAAAAAGUGUAAAAACUAUUUCAAGUAAUGCAUUUUCAUAUUGCUAUUCAUUAACAACUGUUCCAUCUCUAGGAAGUAUUAAAAAAAUUGAUCAAGAAACAUUUUUUGCAUGCAUAGAAUUAAUAAGUAUUGUACUUCCUGAAAAUUUAAUAGAGAUUGGAGAUCCUGCAUUUAAUGACUGUGAAAAGUUAAAAUAUAUUGAAAUUCCAAAAAAGUCGCAACAAUUGGAUUUAUGGCAUUUAUGA